CAGAUAUCUGUUAACAUCAGAGCUGGAAGGAGUCAUCUGGUGGCUUCAGGCUUCACUCAGAAACACAGCGAGGCCUCAGGAGGGACCCUCACCCUAACCCUCUUCAUCUACACAACGCGGCUCUUCACAACAAGACCAUGAGCGCUCACGAGCACAACGCCACGCUGGAAUUGUUUGACCACUGCACCAUCGACAUGGUUUCUACCAGAGACUACCGGCGCAUCGCCCUCUUCCUCAUCUACCUUUUCAUCUUCAUGGUGGGCCUGCUGGAGAACGUGCUGGUCAUCUGGGUCAACUGGCGCCGACGCCACUCUGCCAACGGGGUCCUGUUCUGCAUCCUCAACCUGAGCCUGUCGGACCUCAUAGUGAUCGUGAUCCUGCCGUUCUUCAUGAUGGAGGUGACCAUGGACGAUGUCUGGCUGUGGGGUUACUUCCUCUGCAAGGUGACCCACCUCGUCUACAAGGUCAACUCUUACAGCAGCUCCUUCUUCCUGGCCCUCAUGACCGCGGAGCGUUAUCUGUCCCUGACCAGGCCCUCGUUUCCCGCCUUCUUCCCCGUGCUGGGCCGUCGCCGUCCGGUGCUCUGUGGAGGCCUUUGGCUGCUCUUCUUGUUCCUGGCGCUGCUGGAGAACGUCCACAUGGAUCUUCUGGAAAGGAACGAGCCGGGCUGCUACUUUUUGCCAGAACACAACCACACCGAGUGGUUUGUCUCUGUGGGUUUCCUCUGCCUGGUCUUCCAGUUCUUGGGCCCCGCCGUCGUCAUCAUCACCUGCAACGUGCUGAUCGCUCGUGCGGUUCGGACGGCGCCGGAUGUUCAAGGCCGGCGGGACGUGUGGCUGGUUCACGUUUACUCCCUAGUGUUCGUCCUGUGCUGGUUGCCCUACCACUUCGUCGUGUUCCUGAUGAUCGUGGACAUCAUCGACCCCGACAUCUUCAGCUGCAACACGGUGCAGGUGCUGUACUUCUCGUUCAGCGUGGUGCACUGCCUGUCUCUUUUUCACUGCGUGGCAAACCCCAUCCUCUACAACUUCCUCAGCAAGAGCUUCCGAGACAACCUGGUCAACACCGUGCUGAGCCAGUUACCCAGAGAUGGAGCUGGGAACCAACUGGGAGCCGGGACCAACGCUCCCAACGGAGGAGGGGGAGACCCGGGGAAGCAACGCAAGUUAAGUAACGCCAGUACCAGCCAGUCCGAUGUUGGAACAUGAAUAAAAAAAACAGGUCGCAUAGGGCGCAGUGCGGGCAGCUGAAGACGGGCAGAGACAGGUGGCAGAUAGCUUGCACAUCUUCCGGCGCAAACUGAAAACUCAUCUCUUUCGACUCCACUUCGAGUGAUAGAACUAUUAACGAAGCACUUUUAUACUAAUAAAGGACUGGCUUAUCUAAAGCCAGUUGAGUAGCACUUGAAAUGUUUGGCUCUAUGAAACCUGAUGUACUUAUAUGAUUCUGUUUUCUUCAAGGUUGUGUCUUCCUGGUCAAAUGUACUUAUUGUAAGUCGCUUUGGAUAAAAGCGUCAGCUCAAUGCAAUAUAAUGUAAUGUAGACUGCUACUAAUUUUCCCUAUAUGCAACCUGAAGAGUAAAAGGGUCAAGUCUGCCAGAAAGCAAUGACUGUAAGUGUAAGUGUACGCCUUACACUUACACUGUAAGGAUUAGUAACAUGUAUUGUUGGAGAUGUUUAAACACAAUGAGAAAAAUUCGUUAGCAUUUAUGCUAUCAUUUGCAUUAGCAUUCGCGCUAUCGUUAGCAUACACAUUAGCAUACAUGCUAGUGUUAGCCAUACUAGCCUGUAUACAUGCUUAUUGCACAGCUAGCAUUAGCUAUAUUUACCUUGUUUACACUUAGCGAUCCCAUGUGUUAAUCUGUGUAUGUUAGACUUGCAUGUAUGAGAUCAUUAAGUGCCUUGUAACUUCUUUUUUAUAGUUUCACUCCGUUUGAAUGUCAGUGGACUGCAAAUAAGUCAAUAAAGGAGCAUGGCUGCUCAUUCCCUGGCUCUC